UCUUCGUCGGCCGAGGUCGUUUGAGGUACACCAGUCGGUAGUUGGCAAGCCUGACGCGAAUCGCUGGAUUGUAGGUUAGAGGAUAGCUGGUCGCAUAGCUGCGUAGCUACGUCGAAGUGGCGACGCGAGAAGUGACGAAACGUUUGCUCGGAGUCGUAAAAAGUUUCGUAGACAGUUUACGCGAUUCGGUUGAUAAUCGACGAGUAUUGUGAAGCAUCGAAGCGUCAUUGCGUCGUGCCGUUGUAACUGAUUUACGCGUUCCCCUCGUGUUUGGAAACGCAUGCGCGCUACCAAGAGAAAGACGCAUGACACGAACAAAGAAGAGUAUUACAAAGUCGAGGCGUUGAUGGUAAAUGCAGGGUACGGUGGAUGUUGGAUGAAACAGAAUGUCCAGCGAGCAACCGCGAGCGAGCGCCGUUGCAACCACGGAAGACGUGGGCUAUAGAAGUGUCGAGAUCGCGUCCGCGUUUAGUCAUUUGCCGCAAAAGGAAAUGGCCAGGGACACGCCGGGCUCACCUAUGUCUAGACCGCGGGAUUUGGUCGGCGGAGUUGGCGGUGCAACGGCCACCUUGACAACCAGCGCGUAUCACACCACCUCCAGCGAUCCAACAGCCACUCUUCACGGUCACGCGCUCCAGCAAAAGAUACUAGAGUUGCAACAGCAUCAUCAGCUUCAGCAACAGAUUCUGCGACAACAGUAUCAAGCGCAAGAGCGACAACUGGCUGAGUUGCACGAGCAGCAAAUGCACGAGUUGAAGCUCUGGGAGCAGCAGAAACAACUGGAGGAACAACGAAGAGAGAAGGAGAGGCUUGAAGCUCUACGAAAGAAGGACAAGCACGACCACAGCGCGAUCGCCUCGACCGAGGUCAAGCAACGGCUUCAGAGUUUCCUCGUGAACAAGAAGCAAAGGGAGGCCGCCGCGGCAGCAAAUGGGGCCGUACCUGUCACACCUGGAUACAGGAGCUGGUUGCAAGCGCAAUCGGAAUCGUCGGGUACCGUGAAUUCCUCGCAUCCCUAUCGAAUGCCGCAGAUGUUCCAGGAAAAGUUCGCCGACGAUUUUCCUCUUCGAAAAACUGCCUCGGAGCCGAAUCUGCUGAAGGUGCGACUAAAGCAACGCGUGGAGAGGAACAUGGCUGCGUCGAGAAACUCGCCCCUGAUGGCACGUCGGAAGGAUCGCCUGCUGUCGCACCUCAAACGGAAAUCACUGCUAGCAAAUUCUAGCAGCAACCCAGAGUCGGGGCCUAACUCGCCGCCGACCGUCGGUAAUUCUCAAGCUAGUCCAACUGCAGGAGGCAACGCGUCGGCGAUACAGGAAGAAACCGAAAAUACUGCUUACGGUGGACCUCUUACAAGCGGUAGCCAGCAAGGCAGCCUCUCGGAUCUUUCACUAUUCAGUUCACCGUCUAUGCCAAAUAUAUCACUGGGUAGACCUCACGUCCCGUCCGGAACUAACACGACCGGCACAAAAUUGGCGACCGUCUCGGAGGCGGAAGUACGGGCUGCGUUCACAGCGAGACUAGGAUCGCUCACCGGUCAAAUGCUCCCAGGUACAUUGCCGUUUUAUCCUUCGUUGACGGUGAUAGAGGGGGAAGCGCCCAGUUCCGGCUACGUACACAAACAGAUGCAAAAUUUGGAGCACCAGGCGGUAACGAACAGGCAACAUUCAAACGCCGCGGUGUAUCACGGUGCUGCGGCGGCGGCGGCGGCGGCGGCGGCAGCGGCCGCGGCCGCGGCAGCAGCGGCGGCAGUGACGCCCACGUCACCGAUCACGGAUGCGCAAGUCGCUCAUGCGAGACUGCAAAAGGCUGGUCACCGGCCUUUAGGUAGCAGAACGCAGUCCGCUCCGUUGCCGUUGGGUCACCCGAUGCUGCAGGGCGGCAUGAUUACACCGCAAACCCAUUACGAGGAGUACCUGGCAGAGAAACAGCUGCACGACCAGCAGCAAGCGCACAAUUACCUGAAGCAACAGAUACGUCAAACUGUAUUGACGCGAGUCGGAUCUCGCGGUCAGGCGAACCAGCUGGACGAGGCGCCGGAGACCGAAGAAUCCGAAGUAAUAGAUCUGACAGGCGGGAAAAAAGAUCUGUCGGAAGAGAGCGAAAUUUCCAAGCAACAGCGGGAUCGCGAGCAAUUUCUACAGCAGCAAAGGGAUCUAAUGAUGAGGCACACGCUGCAAGUCUCGAACGAGUCGUCGACGGCCUACAGUGGGGGAAACGGGGGAGGAAGCGGAAGCGGCGGCGGGGGCGGGGGCGGAGCUGGGGUUCAGGGUGGCAGUAGGAGCAGUCAGUCGUGCGCCAGACCGUUGUCCAGAGCGCUCUCGAGUCCGUUGGUCCAUCUGGGUCCUCAAGGAACCGGAGCUGGCGAAUUGUUCUCGCGAACUUCCUCCCAUCGACCCACCACGGGCUUGGCGUACGAUCCGCUGAUGCUGAAGCACGCGUGCGUUUGCGGGGAAACUGUACGUGGUCAUCCCGAACACGGGGGUAGAUUGCAGAGCGUUUGGGCUCGGCUCUCGGAGACUGGGUUGCUUCAGAGAUGCGAUCGGAUCAGAUCCCGCAAGGCGACGCUCGAAGAGAUCCAGACGUGUCACAGCGAGGCGCACGCUCUUCUCUUUGGGACGAAUCCGAUGAAUCGGCAAAAGUUGGACGUCUCGAAGCUCUCUCAGCUACCGAUCAAGAGUUUCGUCCGAUUGCCUUGCGGCGGAGUGGGCGUCGAUUCCGACACGACGUGGAACGAACUGAAUACCGCGCCGGCCGCCAGAAUGGCCGUAGGCUGCGUGGUUGAUCUGGCUUUCAAAACCGCCAUGGGCGACAUUAAGAACGGCUUCGCCGUGGUACGACCUCCGGGACAUCACGCUGAAACCAAUCAAGCUAUGGGAUUCUGCUUCUUCAAUUCGGUCGCUAUCGCCGCGCGGUUGCUCCAACAAAAGCUCGACGUUCGGAAAAUCAUGAUUUUGGAUUGGGACGUCCACCAUGGGAACGGAACGCAACAGAUGUUCUACGACGAUCCGCGAGUCUUGUACCUCUCGAUACACAGGCACGACGAAGGUAAUUUCUUUCCUGGAACCGGUGGAUCGACCGAGUGUGGUGCCGGCGAGGGACUAGGAUAUAACAUAAACGUGGCUUGGUCCGGCGGCUUGGAUCCGCCUAUGGGUGAUGCCGAGUAUCUCGCUGCUUUCCGAACGGUCGUCAUGCCGAUCGCGAAAGCGUUCGAUCCGAGCAUCGUGCUCGUCUCGGCGGGCUUCGACGCGGCCGUCGGUCAUCCCGCCCCUCUCGGCGGCUACAAGGUUAGUCCUGCCUGUUUUGGAAAGAUGACGCAACAAUUGCUCGGGCUAGCGGACGGCAAGGUUGUUCUCGCUCUCGAGGGUGGCUACGAUUUGGCCGCAAUCUGCGAUUCCGCGCAGGAUUCUCUGCUCGGUGACGAGCCUACCCAACUUCGGGAAGAGGAACUGACCAGGAUUCCUUGUCAAAACGCGAUCGACACGCUACAAAAAACUAUCGCCGUCCAGAUAUCACACUGGCCUUGUGUCAAGCUGAAUGCUCAUACGAUACCAAUGAGCGCGAUCGAAGCCGGCCAAAAGGAACGCGACGAAACGGAGACUGUCUCUGCGAUGGCCUCUCUCUCGAUGCAGCAGCCUACUAAUUUAACAACUACCCCGGAACAUUCCCGCCAAGUUUCCGAGGAGCCCAUGGAACAAGACGACGGCAAAUGAAAGCGUGUGACCGAUCGUUUUCGAGAAGCAGCUAGUGCCACGGUACAGUCAACGGCUUAAAUCCUCGCGAUGUUACCGAGCUUUUCCACGUCUCUCCGCUCACCGGUGUUCUCCCUGUACGCGACCAGGUUCGGCCUUUCGAUUCCUUUCGAUUCCUUUCGAUUCCUUUCGAAUUUAUCGUACCCUCGUUGCUGCGCUCGUCUACCGGUUCCGAUCCGCUUUUUCGAACCCUCAAGACGAACCAGACCCCCCGCGUUCGAAUCUUUUCGCUAGGCGGAACACGCUUUCGAUGAAUCUCGAGAAGCAAGAAGAACUACUCUGGUAGACCUCCGUUAGUUCGCUCAUCCCGAAACACCAAUGACGGUGAAACGGUGCCCGAUGAAAAGCCUGUUAAAUUAUUUUUGCCUGAGAGCGCAUGCUUCUCCAACAGCCCCCGACGAAUCAACGGCAAAUACGAGAUUGCUUUUCGCUCGUUGCAGACCGCAUCGUCAACUAAAUCCGUUUAAAAGACAGUAGUGUUAUGGAUCUUGAUAGCUUUCUUUCCCGUUGCACUGGAUAAUAACGCCGUCUCCAGUCUCGAGCCGUAAGGAUAAGGGAAAGCCAACCGUAUAGUAAAAGCCGAGAAAUGGAAGAAAAUGCAAGAAACGAUAUCUUAGUAUCAUUGGGAAUACAGCGAUUCUAUUUCCGUCGAACAGAGUAGCGAAAUUUGGUUGUUUUAAUCGCGAACAAAGGCUGGUGUGAUUUUUGUGAUAUUUUGUAAAAACAAAUGAAGAAAUUUAAUGAAUUAUGUUUAAUUAAUGAUAUAUGUGCACGCGAAAACGGGGAAAAUGAUGCGCGUGCAUACAUAUGUGUGGGUGGGUGUGUGUGUGUGUGUGUGUGUGUGUGAAUGAGAACGAGCGAGAGAGUGUGAGAAAGAGGAUUGGGAGGGGGCACGACGGAUGUGUAAUUGAAAUAGAAGAGCAUUUAUUUUUGUGUUGUGCAUUUUACGAAAACACAAAAUCACGUAAAACAAGUCGAUCGAUCGACAAGCGAGUUCCGCAAAUUCUUACGUCGCAAAUAACGUAUGUGGGAUAUACUUACGUGAAUAAAAAGUUUCGUAGAUUACGCGUGGCGCGAUAAACAAGACACCGUGUACGGGAAUUUUAGUACAAGGAGUGUGUGCGCAUCGAUACGCUUGUGUGGCCGUAAGAAUCUCAAGUGUUCGCCGUGUAUUGUCUCGUGUUUUUACCAAAAAUUAU